UCAGCGGUAUGCUCAAUAUCAAUAAGUUUAUGGAAUAACCUUACAAUCAUUUGAAACAAUUGUUUAUGAUCAUCUUCUAUUAAUCUGAUUUUAUACUUAACAAUCACAAGGUCUUUAUUGGAAAGAAACAUGUAUGCAAUGAGUAUAACUAAAUAUAAUAUUUAAGAAACGAAUAGGUAUAAUUGAUGAAAGAAUAAUGGUAUGCAGCUUUUUUAUUACUUUAUUAUAAAAAAAUGUGAAUUAUAAAAGUCUGCACCUUGCUCAUAUGGUGUCAUUGUGCCGAUUGUGUUUUGUGGAGUGAUGGUGGGGUAAGAUGCAUUCACUUUAACGUUUGUGGUACGUGCUGUGCUGCGUGCGUAACUGCACAUUGGCGGGAAAUAAGAAGAAACUGUGUUAAAAAUCGUAUUACUUUUGGUUUGAUAUAAUUCUGAUUCGACUCAAUUUACUGACGACCCCAGCUUUUUUAACCGAUCAGUAAAUAAAUAAAAUCAGAUGGCGGAGAAACUCGAAGACCUCAACUUGCCAAAUGCGGUUGUAACGAGGAUUAUAAAAGAAGCAUUACCAGAAGGAGUCACAGUUGCCAAAGAUGCCAGAAUCGCAGUAGCUAAAGCAUCUUCGAUCUUUAUACUAUAUUUAACAUCGUCAGCAAAUAUAAUUGCUAAAAGAGGGAACCGUAAAAUAAUAAGUGGACAAGAUGUUAUACGAGCAAUGACAGAUAUAGAGUUUGAUCAAUUCAUUGAUCCAUUGCAAGAAUCGUUAAAAAAUUUCCAAAGAGCUCAGAAAGAAAAGAAAAGUGCUGCGCCUAAAAAUAAGAAAUAACAGAAGACAAAUGGAGAUGAAGGGCUCGAAGCUAUUUUUUAUAUACAUUACAUGUAAGAACUAUCAUAC